AGGUGUCGGUGAAAUGUUGCCGAAAGAGUAUCUUGACAGCUGGAACGAAUUAUGUCCAGAGUGCACAAUGGUUGAGACUGAUUUGGGAAAUCCUUCGGAGACAUGGCUUACUAAAAUCCUUAUAAGCUAUUUAAGAAUGUUUGGAUAUAGAGUUGAAAUACCGUACGCCGAAGAUGGUACUCGGGAAAGGCGGCUUUAUUUAAUAAAAUUAGUUCGCCAGAUUGAUCACAUAUAUAAAAUAACUGACAAGACAUUUAUAUUUACAUAUUUUGAUUUACUGAAGCCAACUAUUAAAAAAACGUCGCAUAUGUUGAGAAUUCUCUUGAACUAUCUAUAUUACUUCAAUAUGUUUAAAACAAACGUUUUCAAGAUGGCUGCGAACCGAUUGAAAGAACGCCAAGAUUUGAUGGAGGAAGUAAAAUGCACUAUUGCAGAGAAUGAGAAACGCCGUAUUAAAGCAGAAAAGGUACAUAUCGUACACAUAUGGGUAAUUAGGUGGGCUUUCAACCCCCAAAAUUGGUCAACAUUUUGAAAAGGGGGUACCAUUAGGGCGUCUGGACCCUAAUAACAAGAAUCCGAAAGGGGAAAUUAACUUUUUUUGGUAAUUCUCUAGUGUAGGGUAACAACCCUUAAAAAAGGUCCGGAAAAGUCGGGAGGGGUACUAAAUGACGCGUUUCGG